AAUUUUCAUCUGCCUUGUUUCCUUCUUACUCUGCGCUCUUUCCUCAGAGCUCAGACGUAGUGGUGAGGUGCGGAGCAGAGACCCGCUCUUGGGGACAGGGCUCACAAUACAUAUACAUUAAAAAAAAUUAAAAAAAGGACAGGAAGCUUCUCUUUUCACCUUAGACAACAGACAUUUCACUGCCACGGUUCUGCUUGUGUGUUGAGCUUCAUUAAAAUGGAUACUCAGUCCUCCCAGAUAUCAUCGUCGCAAGGUUUAACGGAUGGACAGAAUUCUGCGGCCAAAGAAUCAAAACUGUCCGAUUCCUUUCUUUCCUCUUCGCCUGUAUCUCUCAUUCAGUCUCCUCAAGACAAGAGAGGGGUCCAGAGUUCUGACAAGUCCACUGAAGGUGUAGCUACAUCGCUACGCUUUUCUUCCCAACCAGGCUCCUUCUCACCCAGUAGUUACAGUAGUGACACAUCUCCAACAGAUGGACAACAGGAUUCUCCAAUAAAGGUGUCUCCUGUUUCAGAACGCAUUAAGGCACUAGAAGCUCUUGCAGCCAAAAAGAAAGAACCUGAUUUUAGAGGCAAUGGAACGUUCACUCAUUUCAGGGACCGACAUCAGGAGAAAUCUGCACCUGAAGUGCUCAAAUUUUCCACUGAAGGUUCCAAAGCUGUACCUGAUGGACCCAAGUCUGUAACCGAGGGGCCCCAAUCGCCCACCAAACGGUCAAAAUUUACACCCGAGGGGUCCAUAUCUCCCACUGAAGGCUCUAAAUCUACAGCAGAGUCCCUCAAAUCUGCAGUUGUGGGUCCCAAAUCUCCAGCUGAAGUUCCCAAACUUCCUCCUGAAAAGAUUAUACAGACACCUCAGAAAGCAGAACAUUCUGUUGAUCAGGAAUCACCAGAGUCACCAUUUGAAAUCCUGGGAGACCUAAAGCAAGUUGUUGACUUUGAAGAGACAGAGCAAUGGAUGAAGACACACUUACCUCCAGUACCAGAUUUUGAUACUGUUGGUUUAAUUAAAAGCACUAACACAGUCUCAGUGAAGGGGAUCGACGGGGAUAUGCCUGCUGCUUUUGCUGUUGUUCCUGAUGCUUUCAUGGAUCAUCCUGUUGAAGUUCCAAAACAAAACGAUCAGCUUGAAGGGGAACCCAAAAAAACAGAGGUUGAAGAGUUUGACGUUAACUUUUUGCCAACAGCUUACAUGUGGGAUCAUCAAGAAAAAUCAAGUGUGGAGGAUCCAUCUAAUCUAGAUUUGGUGAUUACAGCUUCACCUGCACCUCCUGCAGAGUUUGGUCCCACAUCUCCUUCAUCAUCCCCCACAGUUUUACCUGAUGUUCAUCAGAAUGUUUCUGAUGAGAAAAAAGCAAUUUGGGCUGGCGAAUUGGAACAGCCAGAAGCAAAUGAAGGUGACAGUUCAGGAGAGUCCGAUGAUACGGUAAUUGAAGAUCAUAUAGCUGAAUGUGAGUCUGCUCCAUCUCAGUCUUUGGCUCAAAGUUCUAAUGAUGACACCACAACCCCUCCCUGCAACACUGCUGAUCUUUCCACUGAAGAGAAAGAGACUCCUCCACCAAGGCUUGAGAGAAAGCUAAUGCAGGUUCCAACCAUAAAUGUGAUUGAGACUGAUGAGCCCAAUUAUAGUGAAGAGGAGAUGGAACUUGAGGCAGAGGAAGAUGAUGACUAUGAGGUAGUAAAAAGCCCAGACACAGGACCCCCAAACCCCUCUGAACCAGACCCACAGAGUGCUGAAAACACAGGCCCCAGGGCACGGCCGUUAGAAACAGAGUUCAUGGAAGGCUACUCGCCUCCUUCUUCACCUGUGGACUCUGAGUCUGAAUACUCCCCAAAACACAAGAUCCUCAACUCUAGCUCUGAAAAAGACAAUAAAGCAUCUACCUUAAAAUCAGAGGUCUGUCCCAAUCCAGCGGACUCAGCGGACCUGCAACCUGACCAGUCCCACACCAUGUCAAAUGAAAUUGUCAAUGAAAAGUCCCCAUUUGUUGUUGAAAAUGAAGAAGUGGAUUUUCCAGACAAUGAUGAUGAUUGGUCAGAUGAAACCCAGGAAAUUCUGUUCAAACCCCCAAUGACUGAUCCAUCGUCAAAAGAAUCAGCUCCUUCCAAUGAACCUGCAGUCAAUGAAAAUCGCAGUUCAACAGCAGAAGAGGCGUACAUAAAACCCACUCCUCCUCCUAUGUCCAGUUUCAUGCAGGAUGACAUCUAUGAUAGACAGUCGUUUGAUUAUGACUUUGAUAUCAGCUCUUCCCUGGAUCGCACUGAUGUUAAGAAGUUCAACAAUGCAAAGGAACGUUUUCUGUCUGAUCCAGCUCACACUGAUGAUGCUGAAGACAAACAGGAUCUAGACAGCGCCAUUUCACUGAAUGGUGAUGACAUCCCCAAAUCGGAUAGUCAGCCAUCUUUAGAAGAUUAUCCUGAAAACCCAUAUUCCUGUUUCCAGAGCAAGACCGUGAGCAGCACUGCUGAACAGGCGGUCAAUAAGAAGACCACUAAUUCAGAAAAUGUGGAAAAUGACAACAUGCUCCCAUCUCAGAAAUCAGCUUCACACAUUCAGCAUAACCCUGAAACUGGUCACAACAUAAAUGAGAUGAAAAACAGAACUGACGGUGGCUGCCCACCUUCUGAGCCUAUGGAUAGUUUUGUGGAGUUCAUGAGAGAGUGUCUGAAAUCAAAGCAGGAUGAGGAAGCUGACAGUGUCCACCAGGAGCUUGAGCCUCUCAAGACUUCUCCUCUCCCCAAGACUUCUCCAAGCUUGGUUAUGGAUUUUGAACAAGAACACCUUACAAUCAGUGCUCUCAAAGAUCUGGGCAACAGCCAAGAGGAAAAGGAGGAGACUGUGAAUCCUCAGCAUAAAGUCUCUGAGACGAAUCAGCCAAAGUCAGAUUUUAGCCUCACACAACCAUCAGACUCCAAACCUCCUUGUUCCCAAACCAACCGUGCGUCUGACGGCAUGUAUUCCAGUGAUGUGGAAGCUAUUGACGAAUGGGUAGCUGAAGCCUACCAUCUUGCAGAGCAUGUCUUGACAGCAAUACUAACCCACUUAUCAGUUAAUGACCUGAUCCACUGGCGGGACCCCAAGAAGUCGGGUGUGGUGUUCGGCCUGUCCCUGCUUCUGCUGCUCUCGCUGGCAGCCUUCAGCGUCAUCAGCGUGAUUUCCUACAUGCUGCUCGCCCUGCUCUGUGUCACCAUCACCUUUCGCAUCUACAAGUCUGUGGUCCAGGCUGUGCAGAAGUCUACUGAGGGACACCCAUUCAGAGAGCUGAUAGAGAAGGAUGUCACCAUUCCUCCCGAGACGUUCCGCAAGCACGUGGACACCAGUCUGACCCACAUCAACCGAGCCCUGAAGCAGAUGAGCCGCCUGUUUUUGGUUGAGGACCUUGUGGAUUCUCUAAAGCUGGCUGUGGUCAUGUGGAUGUUGACCUAUGUUGGAGCAGUUUUUAAUGGAAUCACCAUCCUCAUCCUGGCGGAUAUCCUGCUCUUUGCUGUACCUCCAGUCUACGAGAAGAACAAGACCCAGAUUGAUCAUUACAUCGAUCUUGUGCGUACCCAAGUCAACAACACAAUUGCAAAACUGCAAGAGAAACUUCCGGGAGCAAUGAAACGCACCAAAACCGAAUGAUCCCACACGUCAUCUCCAUCCUCAUCUGCAUCGCUCUGGAAAAACCAACCCUUCAUCUCACCCAGCUCCUCCUCAGUAACCCAGAUGUGUUCACCUCCGCCCCCCCCAACACACACACACACACACGCCCUCUCACACACACACACUCACACAGACACGUGCUAGAUAGAAAAUCUCAGAGCUACUCAAUGUUCAAUGUAAAACUACUGCGCAGCUUAACUUGCAAACAUAAAAUCAGAGGCGUGCCUGCAGAGCCUCUGCUUAUGAGCAGGUCGUGUGACACUGCAGCAUUCCCAGCUGCAGGGGGAAGGCCGGCCUGAGUGAACUAGACUGAAUCUAUGACCUGGUUCCAGCAUGUUCAGAGCGUCAGGGCGGACGGGGCGCUGCCUCCGAGCAACACCCGUCUGCCCAGGAGUCACACACUUCCCUGCAGGUAGACCGAGGAGUGUCCAGCUGGCCACGCAGCCAGACUCUGUGGAGCUGUGGCCAGGCUCACCGUACUCACCGUUUACUCAAUGUUACAUUCUGUGCGGAUUCAUUUCAGGAGCUGGGAUUGGCUCUGCUCCUCCUGAUUGACUCUUCCGUUUGUUUUUCAGUCACAGGCAGUGUUUGAACCUUUCUGCAAUGCACUGAUUUUUUUCUCUGCCCCUGAAGCCUGGGCAGGUGGAGGUAGCUCCCCCAGCCCCCGGAACCAGCUGUGAUAAUUUGGUCUAGUUCAUCAUGUUCUGAAGCGUUUUUCUGAAAACGUCUGCUCUUGUAAAUAACCCUGAGAAACAACAGGCUCUCUGCUCCGUGGAACACAUCGGCCAAGCUUUUAUACUGAAGGAAGACACACACCCCUCCCACACCCCUACAAUCAUAGUAGUCUUGACUGUUUUUGCACCUGCUCGGUCCUCUAAGUGUUCGGCUCUUGUUUUCACUUGUAUAUUUUGAUUCUAAUUAUGACUACUUAGAAGUGCUACCUGUAUAAACUCUAGGAUGGCUGCUUGAACUCCCCUCCAGCUCGAUAACGGCUUAGUGAGACUUCGGUUAGGUGUUACUGAGCUUCUUCUUUUUAACCAGUAGUUCUUUGAGUCCUCCCCUAUAGAAUCAAGCUGAUAGGUUAAGCGGCACACUGAUGUGUUCAACUUUUAAUCCCCACAUGGUUUCUCAGAUUGCUGUUGUGUUGAGUGUAAAAUGUGAAUGCUUUGAAUUGUCUCGCCAAAAUAAGAAUAUCUGAAUAAUUUGAAAGCUGUUCAGUUUAAUUUUAGACAACAGGCCAAAGGAGGCUGUCAUCUGGAAAAUAAUGGCUGAAAUUAAAAUUGAAUGUAAAAGUGAAAAUGAAGUUUGUGCUGUGAUCAUUUCUCUAAUUUUUUCCUUUUUUCCCCCUUUUUUUUAAAAUCUACUCUUCAAAAGCAGAGGUUAUAAUGUUGACACAUUUUACACUCCAUACAAUGUUCCUCUGACCUAGGAGGAAGUAAGAUGAGAUCAGCGUUGUUAUUUUAGAAGGUGUAAUUUUAAGUAAAGUAGCUGGAGAUGAUAGAAACACUUUCUGAAAUGGUUGUUGUAGAACUCUUCUGUUUUGGGGUUUUUUUGACAGCCACAGUGCAUGUCAUAGCGUAAGCUGGAACAGGUUUUCAUCCCUCCCUUAAAUAGCCUGUAAUAUAUUGUUGAUCCUGACUUUUGUUUAAUAAGGUUACUACUUGUGAUCGUUUCUGUGGUGUUCUUUUGAACCUGAUUUAAAACAUUAGUGACGUGUUGGCCCCUGCAGUCCAACCUUCCUGUUACUUUAAGGGACAGAAAUGUGAAUAGUGAGUCGACGCCACACCUGUACCUGUCCUGUCCUGUCCUGUCUGCAUGUCUCCCCUGCGUACUGAAUGGACACUGCUCCAACACGGCUGCUGAACUCUCUCCCUCCUAUGCAUGACCUCGGUGUGAUUCACCCGCACAGGUCAGAGUUCGCCGACCGACCGCUUCGUGUCUGCCGCUUCUGUCCCACAGGAGGCACACUGAAUGUCAUCAGAGAUAAAGCUACGUUUGUUUUGGGUUUUUUUUUAGAAAGUUAUUUAGUUUCCAGGACAUAUUUACCAUAUGUUUCUUUUAUGGACUUAGGAUUUAAGAAAUCAAGACUACCAAACAAAAUAAUUCUCACGUCUGGCUGUUCAGAUUUUUUUUUUACUUUAGUUCUAGUGAAUGGAUUAAAAUGAAUAUUAUGGCCAAUAAAAAUAUGAAAUAAAAAUAGAGAUCUUUUCAGUCUUUCUUGCUAUAGCUAGUGCCUAUGAAUAUUAACGCUGGGUCCUCCAGGAAACAUCCAAUCACUGAUUUCCUAAUAAACCUUAGAAGUCAUCAGCAGUUUCAAGUUGAAGCUGGAGCGAAGGAAACGUACAGGAAGUCUUAUUUUUAAAAUUGAAUCUGCAUGCCUGAUGACAUCAGAGGCCAUGUCAGCCGAGCCAUUAAUAUUCACUUGGCUCAUUUGAAUGUCGUACAGUUUGAGCCUCUUAGCGAUCCAGGUGGUGUCAGGGUGCUGCCAGGGUGAACAUCACAGAGUGAGUGUAGUUCUUUAGUGUGUAGGAUAUGAUGCAGAGGAAAUUCAAUCUAGUUUCUCAUAGCAUGUUUUAUUCUCCCUCCUUUUCCUGUUUGUGUGUUUAUGUGAUGGGAGAGAGUGGCAGGAAUGAUCUGAACUCUGCUUCCUGACUCGUUUGGCUUGAGCUCUAAUUGGUAUUUGGACUUUGUGAUCUAACGACUCGGUUUUGUAGCAGUUAUGACUUUGGUUCCAGUUUAUGAAGCUUUUGGACAGAUGUUGCAGGAAUAAAAAAAAAACUGCAAAAAUGUUUGUGGUCUCUGUACUGAUGUCAAAGUGAAAUAAUUAAUAAAAUCAACUCAAAGGUC